AUGAAGCAGAGAGAAGACAAACGCGACGCUGAAAUGGAGCCAAAGCUGAGCAAACACUUUCGGGAAGUGUUCCAUGACGGGUCAGAAAAAAACUUUGAAUGUCACCCAUUUAACAGAAGAUUUGCAUACACCAAAAAAAGUUUUUUCCCCAUCGAGCCCCGCAAUUUGCGUACCCUGGGUGUGAACAGAAAAAGGAAAAAAAAAAGGGGAAGAGGUGAUAAAGGUCCUGGAAAAGGGAUUAGGGAAAAACACAAACACAGAAAGUCAGGAAGACCAAACAGCCGUACAUUUGAAAGUGGAAGAACUCCUUUGUACAGGAGGUUGCCCAAAUGGCCAGAGGCAUGGCUAAGUAGGCAAAAAAAAAAUUAUGACUGUCUUAACCUUUGUAAGCUCAGGUACUUCAUUGAAAAAGGAAGACUCGAUGUGCGCUUCCCCAUCACGCAAAGACAUUUGCACGACUCCAAGUGUGUAAAAGUGAAAAAUGGAGUCAAGCUAUUCAAUGUGAAUGAUUAUCCUUUCCCAUACAAAAUUGACAUUGAAGUGGCCACUGCAGAUCAGUCCUCCAUAGACGUAAUUAAAAAAGUCGGCGGAACGGUCACCAUUGUUUACAUGGAACGAAUAAAUCUCAGGGCCCAUAUUAAACCAUACAAAUUUGAAAUUCUACCCAGAACGGCUAGACCCAACCUUGAUGCGAUUCAUUAUUUAGAAAAAAUGAGGAGCAGGGGGUGCCUCGUGAAGUAUAUAAAGCCGUUGUGGCUAAUUGAGGAAGAGAAGAGGAUCAUCAAUGAGCUCACCGAGGUGGAGGAGAGCUCCAAGCUGUGCCCAGAGGAAACGGACUCCUCCUGGGGGGACACGGAAGAUGAGCAGAAGCGGCGCGAGAGGUUGCUCCGCGCCUACCGCCUGCAGAACACGCAAGUGGAUGGCGCCCUCGGCGUGUAG